AAAAUAAUUCGGACACGGCCAUAGUUAAAUGAGAGUCACGCCACGCAUUAAGGUGUCGCUUAGCAACUCGUGUUCCGCAAACCAGCACAACCACACAUGAUAUCUGUUAUCUGAUUAUAUUCGCAUCAUAAUCAUACAGCUAACGUUAGACAUUAAAAUUCUGAAUCCAACCGUUAACCGCCAUUUGAGUAGCCGAAUAUCUCGGCCUCUUGUGGCCAGACGCGAGAAGAGCGCUCACUGUCACGUGAGGCAGCGGUAACGUGACAAACGGGAAGUGGGAGCUGAAAUCUAAAACUUCUCAUAAACACGUCUGGUUUGUCCCGGUAAACAGUCACCGGUCUGUCCGUCGGUUUGGUGCUGGACCUCCCGAGAGACAGCAGGUCGGAGUCCAGUGGAAUCUAGGAGACACAUAGGCAGCAAUGGGCUCUUUGUUUCGCAGUGAGGAGGUGUGUCUGGUGCAGCUCUUCCUCCAGUCCGGCUCAGCCUACAAUUGUGUCAGUGAGCUGGGAGAGUUGGGUCUGGUUGAGUUCAGAGAUUUAAAUCCGAAUGUAAACGCCUUUCAGAGGAAGUUUGUUGGUGAAGUCAGACGAUGUGAGGAACUUGAGAAAACUUUUACCUUCCUGGAACAGGAGAUCCGUCGCUCCCUGUCUCCACCCUUGCAGGGUCCACUCCCUCCACCAUACCCGACACCUCUGGCCCCUCAGCCCCGAGAACUCAUCACCAUAGAGGAGGAGAGCGAGAGGCUGGCCAGAGAGCUUAGAGAGGUGUCCAGGAACAGAGACAGCCUCCGGGCUCAGCUGACCCAGCUCUGUCAGUACCGGGGUGUCCUAACCAGGACACACUCUCUCACAGUCUCACAGGCACCGCCGCCUAUACUGGAAAGCCAAGGCCUGUUUGAUAACCGCCAAGAUGUCCACCUCAGUUUUGUGGCAGGAGUGGUCCAUCCUUGGAAGGUCCCCUCAUUUGAACGGUUGUUGUGGCGGGCAUGUCGCGGUUAUAUUAUCGUAGAUUUCAGAGAAAUGGAGGAUCGGCUUGAGCAUCCGAGCACGGGGGAAAUGGUGCAAUGGACAGUCUUCCUAAUUUCCUACUGGGGAGAUCAGAUUGGACAGAAAGUCAAGAAGAUAUGUGAUUGCUUCCACACACAGACAUUUGCAUACCCUGAGAGCGCAGCUGACAGGGAGGAGGUCCUCCAGGGACUUCAAGGCAGAAUUGAAGAUAUCAAAUCAGUGUUAUCACAGACCGAGGCCUUCCUGCAGCAGCUGCUGAUGCGGGCGGUGGCUGCGCUGCCCCAGUGGAAGGUGCGAGUGCAGAAGUGUAAGGCGGUCCAGAUGGUGCUGAAUCUGUGCAGCCCCUCCGUCACUGACAAAUGCCUGAUCGCCGAGGCCUGGUGUCCCACGGCUAAGCUCCCUGAGCUGCAGAGCGCUCUGAGAGAGGGAGGGAGGAAGAGUGGCAGUGGGGUCGAUUCCUUCUACAACCGCUUGCCUUCCUCCACGUCUCCACCUACCCUGUUUCCCCUCAAUUCUUUCACAGCUGGUUUUCAAAACAUUGUCGAUGCCUAUGGAGUGGCCAACUACCGUGAGGUCAAUCCAGCGGUGUACACCAUAAUUACAUUUCCCUUCCUGUUUGCUGUGAUGUUUGGGGACGUGGGCCACGGCUUACUGAUGACGCUGGCGGCCCUCUGGAUGGUCCUUGAGGAGAAGGACCCCAAACUGAAGCACAACAACAAUGAGAUCUGGCGGAUGAUCUUUGGAGGAAGGUACCUGAUUCUGCUGAUGGGAUUGUUCUCUGUCUACACGGGGGCCGUUUACAACGAGUGCUUCAGCAAAGGCCUCACCACCUUCAACUCAGCGUGGCACGUCGGCCCGAUGUUCGAGAAGAACAUAUGGAAUUCAUCAGUCCUGGCAGGGAACCAGUACUUGUCCAUGGAUCCUGUUGUGCCUGGUGUUUUCACCAGCCCCUAUCCAUUUGGCAUUGACCCGAUCUGGAGUCUGUCCAACAACAAACUAACUUUCCUUAACUCGUACAAGAUGAAGAUGUCGGUCAUCAUCGGUAUCAUUCACAUGACUUUUGGAGUCUGCUUGUCGUUCUUCAACUAUUGGCACUUUGGUCAGAUAAGCAGUGUGUUCUUUGUGCUGAUCCCUGAGCUGUUCUUCAUGCUCUGUCUGUUUGGCUACCUGGUGUUCAUGGUGGUCUUCAAGUGGAUCGCCUAUGCCCCAGCCCAGUCCAAAACCGCUCCCAGUAUACUUAUCCACUUCAUAGACAUGUUCCUCUUUACAGACAAUCCUCAGAACCCACCGCUCUAUACAGGACAGGGGGUGGUGCAGAAGGUCCUGGUGGUGCUGGCCCUUUGUUCUGUCCCAGUCCUCCUGCUAGGGAAGCCCACGUGUGAAUAUAUCUCAUUCAAGAGAAGACGACAUCAAGUGGAGGAAGACAGGCGUCCGCUGGUGGCUGAUGAGGGCUCCAUCAACACCCGUCAGGGGGAGACCGAGGGAGAAGCUGCUGAAGUGGAGGAGUUUGAUGCAGCAGAUGUGUUCAUGCAUCAGGCCAUCCACACCAUAGAAUACUGCCUGGGCUGCAUCUCCAACACUGCCUCUUACCUCCGACUCUGGGCUCUCAGCUUGGCACAUGCACAGCUGUCAGAGGUGUUGUGGGUGAUGGUGAUGCGUAAUGCCCUGAAGUGGCAGGGCUACGUGGGGUCUGUAGUCCUGUUUGUGAUUUUCGCCUUUUUUGCUGUCUUGACCGUCUCCAUCCUAUUGGUUAUGGAGGGACUUUCGGCUUUCCUGCAUGCACUCCGUCUACACUGGGUGGAGUUCCAGAAUAAGUUCUACAGUGGAACAGGCUACAAGCUGAACCCUUUUUCCUUCUCAUCUCUGAUCAGUGCCUCAGCUCCCAUAUAACAUAUUACUUAAUAUUACCAAACGCUUGUUAACUUAUGUAUAUUACUGAAUACUUGGACCACCACUACCCGAAUCAGAAUGACUGUUCCUGCAUCUUCCUGCAUCUUAAUGUUGGUAUUCUGUUUCCUGUAGGCUAAGAAAUGGUUUAAUUGACUUGCACGGUGAUCAUAAUGGUAUAGACUGUUAUUUUUGUAUUGGCAGAACAAGAACAAGUUCCCAUAUUAUGAAUUACAAUUACAUUAUAUAAAAUGAAAAAAUAGGAUUUUGUGUCUCCUUGCUAAUUUCUUUUCACUCUCAGUGUUGUGUGCCACUAUCUAUUUAAUCUUUUGGUGAGUCAAAAAUGAUAACUGUUUACUUCUCACUGUAUGAACAUAAUUAUAGAUUUCAAUUAUGAAAAGGGAAAGCACAUAAAUUAAUGAAUCUGUUCUGCAGUUUAAGGGAUUGUCUGAUUGUAGAGUUGUGCUUUAAUUAGCACCAGUCUUGCAGGAUUCUUCAAACGAUAGCCGAGAAUCAUCCGAUUGAUCUUCAUGAGCCAAAGAUUCUUCCCCUCAUUGUCAUGUCUUCCAAGCACACCACACAUCAAAUACUUAUUGGUCAUAAAUGUUUUUCAUGUGCCUUACUGGGACUGAGUCCUUGUUUAUCAGCUGAGUCUUCUGAUUGAACCAUACUGUAUAUUAUCAUGCCAUUAUUUUUUUUCUGCCAGUUUGCACUGCAAAAUACACCAAAUUUGAACUGAAAUUAAAGAUGAUUUUCUUGUGUAA